AUGACGUUGCCUCAACAACAUUGUUCUGGACUAUUAGCUGAAGAUGUUAAGUUCUCUAAGAGGUAUAGCGUCCUCACCUUGGGUUCAGCUUUGAUUAUAGCGCUUGGUGAGCAUAAUAUCCGUACAAAAUUGCAGCAACGACUGGUGUUGCUCUACCUUAUUUACAAAGUAAACGACUUGGAUAUUCCGCAGGUAGAGGUCACAAAAAGAACUAAGGAAGAAACUCUGGAACAUUUGCAACUGCAUCCUUUCUUAUCUUUCCUUCUUUUUCUUAUGGGUGAGGAAAAUUUGAUGGGCUGUGCGGCUUCUCAGUUUAACUCGACUUUUACGCCCAUUCCUUUGAUGCCGCAAGAACGGUACCUAUUGGGGCUUCUCCUUACUGGAAAAUGUGAUGAGGUUUCAAAGCGUAGUCCAUCUGACUUUGUUCAAAUGGUUUUUGAUUUACGAUGGCUCAUAACCUCACUGAAAUCGCAGCAGUCUAACUAUUCGAGUCUUGCAAAAGCUUCAAUGCCAGCUUACUUAAAAAUUUCUGAGGAGGGGAAAUUCCCAGAGAGCCUUGAUGAAUUGGAGUCUUCUUUGAUUGAUAUAAUAGUCAAUAGACGUAUGUCCGACAUAUUCCCACCUCCUUUCUAUCGUUUUGUACCUACGCUUAUGCCGCCAUCUGACGAUGAGUUUCAAUUCCUUUAUCCAUUCCUUCUUGAACCUUUAUGGAUGGAUGCUGAAAGCUCAAAAGGAGAUUUGGGAGUUGAUGAUGGUUCCAAGGGAACAGUUCCUGAAAAUAAUGCAGAAAAACUGAAAGGUGAAGCGGGGUCUUUGAGUGCAUUGCCUACUUUAAGUACAGACACUAGUCCUUGUGGGAGUGAAAAAAAACUGGGAAGUUCUUUGCCGAACUCUCCCAAAAAUUCAUUUGCUGCUGGAGAGGAGUGUGGAAGAUCUACACGGGCUGCGUCAGUCUGUUCUUUGCCGCCAAAACUCGCUUCUCCAUCCACUGUUGAGAAGCCUGUAAAAGAUUCUUCUCCUUCAAAAGAGUCUCCUUUCACCGUUCCAACCUCUGAGAGUGGAAAGCUGCAGAGAGACGACGCAGUACAAUUAAUGAAUAAGGCGUUACAAGGUGUAAUCGCUCGACAUGAGGCUCAGAAAUUGGCUGAAGCAGUCGCAGCCGACCCUACGAUCGCUGAAAGUGUGGAAAUUCCUCCAAAUUACUUCCCAAAAUUAAUCAAUUUUAAUCCGACUGUAGCUGCAGCAGUAAUCCUUGAACGAGUAAAGAAAAACUCCAGCGAGUUACCGACGUAA